AUGGUCAUGGCGCCUCAGCCUUUGCGUGCCCCCGCUGGCCACGCGGCGUGCAGGUGCUCGGCCGCGCCGCUCUUCGGAAAGCGGGCGCCCCUCGUCGUGGCGUUCCCCCGCGCCGGUAGCGGCGGCGCCGUCGUCGUCUCGUGCUCGGCCGUGCAGGAAUCGUCCACCUCCACCACCGUUAGCAAGAAGAAGGAUUCUGCAGACGGUGCCAAGGAGGCCACAGCAGCGGAGGCGAAGCCGGCCGCGGCUGCCAAGCCAAAGAAGGCCGCGGCGCUGCCGCUGCCGGAGAUGAUGCAGAAGGAGAUCAUCCCACCGCUGAAGGCUGCCUUGGAGGCGGAGGAUGACGUGUCCCAGGUCCAGCUCGCCUUCCAAAACAACACGAAAGAAGAAUUGAUCAGUUAUGUCGAUAGCACAAUACUGCAGCGACCAACUCAGGCCCUUGCUCUAAUAUCAUUCAAUGCUUUGUGA